UUUCUUCCAAAGUAGCAAAUGCUGUCAAAUCCAGAAAUAAAGAAAUAAUAAAUCUGGUUUAUUGUGUGUCACAUCAUUUAAAAUGUAUAAAAUAGAAAUUCAGUUCGACAACUUGCUUAUCUUUGCUUUAUGGUAAUAGAUUAUUCAUAUAAGUGUAGUAAAGAUACAAAGCAUAUCAGAAAAACAUUAGCACUAACAUGUGAAUUGUUCCUUAUUGUGACACCAGGGAACAUGUCACCUUGGAUACAAAAGAACUCCUGGCAACAUCCACAAUAUGAACCCAAUGAACACAUAAACAUGGAACAAUAAAUCUAACACAUGGAUGCACUUCAGUCAUGAAGACACCAAGGACACAACUCUCCAAUCUGACUUACACUGAAUCACAGAGAGCACUGAAUUGUCUGUUAUGUCUGCCGAUGAAAGCAAGUGAAUUUGUUUUUGUUGAUCACUUUUUACUAUAUUAAUUUGUUUUAUAACAGAACUGAAAACAUGGUUGAAGAUCAUCGUGUCUGUAAUGAAUCAGCAGAGCUGCCUGGACAGACUGUGACCUCUCAUGCAUUUAAUGUUUUUGUCGUUUCUUUGUCACUUCUGAUAACAUGUGGAAAUCUUCUUGUAAUCAUCUCUGUCAUUUACUUCAAGCAGCUCCACACUCCAACAAACUACCUCAUCCUCUCUCUGGCUGUGACUGACCUGCUGGUUGGGACUUUAGUUUUACCUUUCAGCACAAUAUUGUCUCUGAGUUCAUGCUGGAAUUCAAGUUAUUUACUCUGUAAAAUGCGAGGCCUGUUUGAUAUAUUACUGUGUGCAUCGUCUAUUUUAAAUUUGUGCUGUAUAUCCAUUGACAGAUAUUAUGCAGUGUGUCAUCCUUUAACAUAUUCAAGUAAAAUGAACAUUCGUGUUACUGUGACUCUGAUCCUGGUGAGCUGGUCUCUUUCAGCUCUGCUUGCUAUAAGCAUCACAGCACGUGGGAUAAAUCAAGAAAAUCUCAGCAGGAGGUGUAAUUUAUUUACAGCUACAAAACAAUUCAGUCCGGAAACAAUUUUUGAAUUUUACAUUCCAGCUAUUAUAAUUUUAUCAAUCUAUCUUAAGAUUUUCAUGGUGGCAAAGAAGCAGGCAAGACAAAUCCAGAACACUAUGAAGUCUGAAGCAGCUCUCAGUAAGAUGGAGAAUAAGGCCAACAUAACUCUGGCUAUAGUGCUGGGAGUCUUCCUCGUAUGUUGGACUCCUUUCUUUUUAUCCAUAGGUUUUUACAGUAUGGGAAUAGUCACAAUACCAGUUGCAGCCAUUGAAGCAUUUAAGUGGUUAGGAUGGUCCAAUUCUAUGUUAAAUCCUCUGGUUUAUGCUUUUUUCUACAGGUGGUUCAGACGAGCUUUUACUAUGAUCAUUUCUGGUCAAAUAUUUCAAGGAGAUUUUUCCAAUACAAAAUUAUUGUGAUAUAUGCAUAAUUAUGUUAAUGGGUUUUUAUUAAUAUUUUGUUUCUGUUAUUUCUGU